CUCGCUUGCGCGCGCCAGCGGGACUGCACGGAUCCGGCUCCCCUCCGCUUGGUGCGCCCCGCCUGCUCCGCGUGGAUAUCUAGCUGCUCGCCCACCGCCCCGCACCAUGACUCUGGAAGAAAUCCGCGGCCAGGACACGGUUCCUGAAAGCACAGCCAGGAUGCAGGGCGCCGGGAAAGCGCUGCACGAGCUGCUGCUGUCGGCGCAGCGCCAGGGCUGCCUCACCGCCGGCGUCUACGAGUCCGCCAAGGUCCUGAACGUCGACCCCGACAACGUAACCUUCUGCGUGCUGGCCGCCGACGAGGAGGACGAGGGCGACAUUGCGCUGCAGAUCCACUUCACGCUGAUCCAGGCCUUUUGCUGCGAGAACGACAUCGACAUCGUGCGUGUGGGCGACGUGCAGCGGCUGGCGGCCAUCGUGGGCGCCGGCGACGAGGCGGGCGCGCCCGGAGACCUGCACUGCAUCCUCAUUUCGAACCCCCAGGAGGACGCAUGGAAGGACCCCGCCUUGGAAAAGCUCAGCCUGUUCUGCGAAGAGAGCCGCAGCGUGAACGACUGGGUGCCCAGUAUCACCCUCCCCGAGUGACAGCCGGCGGCGGGCCGUGGUCUGAUCUAUGUGGAGGCGCCCCCGAGCGCGUAGCCCCGGGCUGGCUCUGCGGACGCGCCCUCGGAGGGCGCCUGAGUUCGGCGUGGAGACUGGCAAGCGGGGGCCAUGGAGUGCCAGGAGGAGGCGCGGCUCCCUCCCCGGAGGGGGCCCGGAGGCGGCAGGGGCGGCUUGGCCCAGAGCCCAGGACUCUACAAGUGUGGGGAGCCGGUGCUCGCCCAGGAAGGCCAGACGUUGGCCGCGGUGCUGGGAAGGACGAAGGACGGACUGGACUGGCCGGGCAGGCGUGACUCAGCAGCCUGCGCCGUGGGCAGGAAGCAGGGGAAAGGCGAGGCCAGGCGGCCUGGACUUGCACAGCUACAGGAGCUCUGACCGACCUAGCAGUCUGCACUACUGUUUCAAAAGGGAUCCGGGCGAUGCUUCAUUUUCUAAAGGAUUAUGCUGCUGCAGCUUUGACUUUUACAAUAAACUUACUGAAACAAA